GGUCCUAACAGGCAUUUCAGCUGGGUAGAGCUCCCUGGCUGCAGAGGUGCUCAGACCGUUUCUUCCUUCGAUGCAGCGUGUGGCAGAGAAGAAACCGAGAGACCCCUGAGCCCUUCCUUCCCAAUGCAGCGCAGCCCGCGCCGCGGAAGCACAGCGGGCUCCCUUCGGACCCGGCGGCUGCCGCCGCCGCCGCCGCCGCUUUGAACGGGCAGCCGCGAACCCCCUCGAUUAAUCUGCAUAUUCACAUGACGGCAAACGACCCGCAGCCGGUGCUCCAGCGGCACUUUCCCAAGCCCCCUUCGCCCGCACGGAGCAGCAGUAAGUGUGGGCGUCUGUGUAAGUGUGAAAGCAUCAUGGUGGCAUUUAAAGGAGUCUGGACUCAGCCCUUCUGGAAAGCCGUUUCGGCUGAAUUUUUGGCCAUGCUUAUUUUUGUCCUCCUCAGCCUCGGCUCCACAAUCAACUGGGGCGGAGCAGAGAAGCCCCUGCCUGUAGACAUGGUCCUUAUCUCCCUCUGCUUUGGACUCAGCAUUGCGACCAUGGUGCAGUGCUUUGGACACAUCAGUGGAGGCCACAUUAACCCUGCUGUGACUGUGGCGAUGGUCUGCACAAGGAAGAUCAGCCUCGCCAAGUCCGUCUUCUACAUUCUCGCCCAGUGCCUGGGAGCCAUCGUGGGCGCAGGCAUCCUUUACCUCAUCACACCACCAAGCGUGGUGGGAGGCCUGGGAGUCACUGCGGUACAUGGGGAUCUUUCCGCUGGCCAUGGACUCCUGGUGGAGUUGAUAAUUACAUUCCAGCUGGUUUUUACUAUUUUUGCCAGCUGUGAUUCAAAACGAAGUGAUGUCACUGGUUCAGUAGCUUUAGCAAUUGGAUUUUCUGUUGCAAUUGGACAUUUAUUUGCUAUCAAUUACACCGGUGCCAGUAUGAACCCUGCUCGAUCAUUUGGACCUGCUGUCAUCAUGGGCAGAUGGGAAAACCAAUGGGUAUAUUGGGUGGGACCAAUAAUAGGAGCAGUCCUUGCUGGUGCUCUUUAUGAGUAUGUCUAUUGCCCAGACGUUGAACUCAAGCGCCGUUUUAAAGACGUCUUCAGUAAGGCCACCCAGCCGUCCAAAGGGAAGUACAUUGAGGUGGAUGAUAACAGGAGCCAUGUAGAGACCGAUGACCUGAUCCUGAAGCCUGGCAUAGUUCAUGUGAUUGAUAUCGACAGGGGUGAGGACAAGAAGGGAAGAGAUCCAUCCAGCGAGGUGUUGUCUUCUGUAUGACUAGCAAGAAGCACUGAAAGCAGAGAUCAGCCUGCUAGCCUGUCCACAGAUAUCCUCCCACCUAUUAAAGAAACAGAUCUCCUCUAAACUGAGCAUCUACCAUUUCUUAGCAUGUAUGGUGUGGGCAGCUGCGUGGUAGCGGUGUCACCAAACCAUACGCCUGCUCAGUUGGAAUAUUAGGACUUUGCUAUAAUGAGGAUUCCCCAUCUAUUAUUCCAUAUUAAGAGCUGUUCCUACUAUUUUCCUUUCCUUCUUUCUGGAACAAUCCCAAAGUCAAAAAAAAAGAUGAAAGCAUUCUCCUUUAAAAAAAUCAGUCAAUAAUGAGAUGAAGAUAGAGAUGUUUAACAUUCAGAUUGACAGUUAAGAUGUAUCAGGAAAUGCCUAUAGACAUGAAGACCUACUUAUCAGAUUGUUCUUCUGACACUUAAUUGGCUGUUGUCAGCUCUGAUUAGAACAUCUUAUCCAUUAUGCGUUCUCUGCGAGGUUCAGGGACAGCACCAACAGUAUUUAAGACAGUCAAGCAAAGGAGUGUUGUUUCCACCCAUGUGCAUCACUAUUGCCUUGCAAACUACCCCUGAAAAGAUGAUACUUCAAUAGGUUUAAAAAAAAAAAAAAUUCUAUCAACCCAUCAAAUUUCACUUGUGUGAUUUGCAGUAUAAAUAUAUUACCUUCAUCCCUUCCUGGGAGUAAAUACGCUGAAAUUGAAUGUUGAAGUCUACUGUAAUAAGGCUGCAAAGCAUUUGACUCUACUUCAUGCUCCCUCUUGUCAUUGUCUAUCUCAUGAAACAUUCUCCUGGGGUUUGACUAUUGACCAUUUAGUGUUAGCAGACUCUCAAGGUCAUGCAAAGAAUAUAAAGGCUUUCCUGUUACUUAAUAACUCAAAUAAGAGAUAUCAGAAGAAGAGAAGGCAUAUCUGUUUUCAGUGCACUUGUUCAAAUACACAUUUCUGUGCUAAGUUAUGUAAACUAAACGUUUAAAUUACUUACCUACUUUCUUACAAGAUGGUUGGAGAUAUGGGGGGUUUAAUUCAUUAGUAAUGUAGAAGGUUUUUAACUUUUAACUGUAUUGAAACACUGAUUGGGAAAUAUUUUUUUAUAACGGAUGAGAAAAAUGCGACUGCUUCUGGCUUUUUGUUGUAACUGAUGCCUGACUAUUUGAACAGGAUCCACGCUUGUUCCAGUGUUCCUAUAGUCUUAAUUACACCUCUGGCAACGGUUUCUUUAUCUGUUGUUAGGAAAAGAUGCAAGCACUUGCAGGGUUUUUUAGGGGGAAAGGGACAUGAAAUAUGUUCAGUAAUCAGUCUUUCCCUUAUAGAAGUAUUUUGACAGACAUAAUCACCCCAGCAGAACAUUUCUGUAAAGCUGGUACUGACUUACUGCUUUUGUUUCUGAUCAGUGGCUUUGAGUUUCACAAUAUACAGCUGCAGAGCAGUCAGGAGCAUGGUAUUAUUAGUGUAAUUGUAUAGUUUUUAUUUUGAAAUUUAAAACCUACUCCUGCCUAUUUAGCAAUAAGAGGGGGAAAAAAAGCAUUAGCCCUGACUGUGGGCUGUAAUAGCCUUGUCUGCUCUUUGACAUACUCUACAUGCGACCUUUAUUACAGGGAAUUAGAUGUUUCUAAUGAGACAAUAAACCACUGCUACACUCAGAUCUGUGCAUUGUGAUCCAAAGGCAAUUCUACUAUCCCACCUCACAUCCCUGUAUAGUCCCAGCAUGUCCUGCCAUACUCACUUUCCUAGUUUCACACUUUUCUUGUCUUAAACCCUGUUAGAGUGUGGCAUAAGCUGCCUGCAUUGAACAUGAGAUUCAUGACUCCUCCAUGCAUUUGCAGUUGGACCACAAUCUCUCCCCUGCACUGCCCAGGCACAGCAUGUGGCAUACACAGGUGCAGGACAGGGCUUCCUUGGGUGGCCCAGGGACAGCCCCGCUCCCGACGCAUGAGCCCUCCCAGCAGACACACUCCCCAUCACAUACCUGUUGCAGCAUCACAGGAGCGGCUGCCUGUUAAGCCUAGUGAAACAGCUGAUAUUUGUCCUUAGCUGUGCCCCAACACAGUGACAGCAUCACGGUUCAAGGGCAUGAGCAUGGUUAGGGACCUGCAAGGGACAAUGUCAAAUCGCGGAUAAGAGCUCUUUCCCACAGCAAGGACUAAGUCUCCCAGGGAAGGGCAACACAGGUGUGGUGUUUAGACCCCUGCAUACCUCUGCCCAGAUGGGUAAAUACCAUGCUAAAUAGAUUCAAUGAGAAAGAUCAAAACUUGUAGGGAUUUUUUUGUCUAGGCAUUUGUUCUGGCUUUUUUUUUCUUUUUUUUUUUUUCCUUCAAAUGCUAUAUUUCUUAAAGGGACAAUGAUUAAACCUUUUGCGUGCCUUAAACAGGUAAAGUAAAGAGUAAUACACAUAGCACUGGCAGAUUUUUAAGCAAAGGUUUGCAUUUUUUUACUUAAAGACACUCUUUAGAAGCUCUUAAUUUGUGAAUUUUGCAAUGUACUGUGUUAUUUAAAUAAGAAGUGAUUUGUUUUAUGCUUAAGGGUCCUUUACACGAAUGGCUUGAUGCAUAUUUUCUUCAGCCAGCCUGAUUCUGCUGCUGAGGUGAGCACAACACAAGCAUAGCAGCAGCCACCUCAGUUAGGAGGAUUUUUUUCCUUGAAACAGUCUGUAUUAAUGAAGUGUGGCAAACACUCAGAACCAGUCCCAGGAGAACUCCUUGCUCAAAGACAGUAUUGGAGAUAAGAUACUGAGGCUCCUGCAAAGAUUAGGAGGAAGAAGGGAAGCUAAAAUAGAGACCACUAAACAGUAAAGGAUGUUGCUAUGCAUUGGACAUUAGUAGGAAAGCAAGAUAUGGUAGGUCUGCUCCUGCUCCCACAGAACAAGACUCAUGAAGGAGUAUGUCAUUGACUACAGUGGAAAUGAUCCUGAACUUUUGGGGGGUCUGAUGUCUUCUCUCAUGCACUGGCCUGUGUUUUUUCCAAAAUCAGAGUCUUUCAGCAAGGUACUUAAUUCUGGAAGGUAAUGCAUUUGACUUGAGGUUUAUGAUUCACCCUAAAGUAAAUCCUUUGGAGUGGCCAUCAUCACAGAUGGUCCUGCCCCACUGCAAGAGAUCACCAUUCAUGUAAGGGAACGUCACUCUUCAGAGCAUACCUUAGGACUCAAUUUAGCUUUGACCUGCAGGGAUAUGUGCUUCUCUAAGUUGUUUUGCAGUGGUGUCAUCAGUGUACAACAGUCACAUUUGGUUAAAUAAUAGACUGGUGUAACUUUUUAUGGAUUGGAAAUACUUUUGCCUUAAUAUGAUUUAAAAAUGUGUACUUUAAUACUGUUUGAGUGAGAUUUAUGUUCAGGUCUAAACUGCACCUCAUAACAUAACUUGGUGUCCUCUAAAAGCAUUUAUUGGUUGGGCUGGGACACGGUAAAUCUCUUCUGUUUAUGAUGGUGGAUAGAUAUCACAGGAAGUCUGCCAGGCAUGUUGUCAUUCUGGGGUCCUAAAAAAAGCAUGGAUGAGUCUCUCACUGCUCCAUGAUGGCAGGUUUCUAAUCCUAUAUUUGCACUUUAACAAACACAUUCAAAAUAUUUAAUCACUGGAUUUCAGAAAAGAAAGGAUGGAAGCUAAGGGUGGUUACACCAAGGCACACAAAUACCUUUUGGGUUGCAUGGACUCUGAGUAUUUUAUCGGCCAAAUUCUAACUAUUCUCAGGAGAAAAAAAAGAAAAAAGAAAAAAGAAA